AAUUAACAAUAAUAGCAUGAUAUCAAUCUGGAAUGAUUUAGAAACUAAUAAUUACUACUUAAUCAAUAAUGAAACAGGAGAAAAGCAAAAAGUUUAUAAAACUGCAGAUUAUAUAAAAGAAUUUGAUGCUUCUUUGACUGGAUCUGUUGGUUAUAGAGAUAGAAUUAAACUAGCAAAAAAACCAAGUUAUAUGCCUUUAAAAGCUAGAUCACUUUAGAAAAAUUUUGUGUGCUAUACACCUUCAAUUAAUAAAUUGGCUUGGUAUUCUCAACUGCCUCGACCUAGGAAAUUACCUAAUUUAGAACAUUUUAAAACAGAAAAGAAAUAAAAAUCAAUACACAAAACACAAGAAUAGAAACCUUUAUCACAAACAUAAAGCUAUUAAACUUUACCACAUAUUCCAUAAUCUACAGUUGCAUCUUAAUAUUAAAGUUUAUUAGAUCCUUAGUAAGCAAGAUCAAUAUCAACGAUAUAACAUCAUGAUCUUAAUGAUUAAGAUCAUUUUAAAGAAAUGAGUCAUUUAUUUGAGUCAAAAUCAUAUGACUAUAAAAGUUUUAAUCUUCCUCCUAAAGAAAAUUUAAAUUGUAGAUCAAUUAAGGAUUUUGAAUAGGUUUUGAAGGAAGAAAAAUAAUAGUUAGAAAUGUUUAAAGUAAAUAUUACAUAUUAAUAAAAGUUACCUGAAUAAAAGCCACAAUUAGUAAAUACAAAAGGAAGAUUUCCAGGAUAGCUGAAAACAGCAAAAGAUUUCAUGUCUGAAGAUAAAUCUAUUGCAAAAAUAUGUUAGACCAAAUAAUAAUAUUUUUAGUGUAUCCUGAUCUUUUUAAGGAGAAAAUACUCGAUUAAAAAUAAGAAGAAUUAAGGAGAAAAAUAAACAAAUUAAAGGAAUAAGAAAUGCUUUAGCGGAAUCUUAAAAAUAAGACAUGA